GAUAUAACUGCUUUCGUGUGAAACUGCCCACAGCAUCAAGAAAUAUUGUUCACGCGGGUCCCACCACGAUUUCCCUCUGCUCAUCAGCGUCUCGUCUCCCUUCUCAUUUCUUCGCCUCGAAGGUAAUAAAAAAAAAAAACAAAGAGAAAAAAUCGUCCCACCACGAUUUUCCUCUGCUCAUCAGCGUCUCCUCUCCCUUCUCAUUUCUUCGCCUCGAAGGUUAAAAAAAAAAGGAAAAAUCAGCUCUCACUUUUAAAAAUCACUACUUCAACGAAACCGAAAAAAAAAAAGAGAGAGAGAAAAAUCCCUAAACGAUGCAAGAAGCAGAGCUUCACGAUUUAUCAGACGACGCCGAUUACGCCGCGUCUCAACAACAAGGAUCAGCGAGUAUGAUGCGGUGCGACAGUGGUAAAAGAAGCUCGUCAAGUGAACCGGAGGGAGCCGAAAUUGUUUAUAUGAAAGAUAAUGUUACAAUUCAUCCUAGUCAGUUUGCCUCUGAACGGAUUAGUGGAAGAUUAAAGUUAAUUAAGCAAGGCUCUUCUCUUUUCAUGACAUGGAUUCCAUACAAAGGGCAAAGUACAAAUGCGAGGCUGUCUGAGAAAGAUAGGAACCUUUAUACUAUUAGGGCAAUGCCAUUUGCUGAUGUGAGGUCCAUUCGCAGACACACUCCGGCUCUUGGAUGGCAGUACAUUAUUGUUGUUUUGUCAUCUGGACUUGCAUUUCCCCCCCUUUACUUCUAUAACGGAGGAGUUCGAGAGUUCCUAGCUACAGUAAAACAACACGUUUUUCUUGUGAGGUCAGCAGACGAUGCAAAUGUAUUUCUUGUGAAUGACUUUCAAAACCCUCUUCAGCGAACUUUGUCUUCCUUGGAGCUUCCCAGGGCAGUUUCCAUUGCAAGUGUUCCAUCAACACCUGUUUCAGUUGGGGAGUCUACUUCACAUGAAAAUGAAGAGAGGAGUAAUGUACGUGUCAGUGAUGGAAGUGCUACUAUUCCUCAGUAUAAUGGAAGGCUGAGGCAAAAGGCUCAUGAUCCUGCUCGAGACAUUUCAAUUCAAGUUUUGGAGAAAUUUUCUCUUGUAACCAAGUUUGCUCGAGAAACAACUUCGCAGCUAUUCCGGGAAACUCAUAGCAAUGACUUUGGUCCUUUUGAGAGGAGAAACUCAAACCAGUCUGCCCUUGAUUAUAGUCACAAACCAUCUGAUGAUGUUGAGGAAGUUCCUGUUCAAAGCCCCAUUGCACCAGAUCCUCUUGAGAAAGUCCCAUAUAGGAAACACAAUCAUUAUGAUGAAGCUGGCACCAUUGUGGGGACUUUUGAGCUAAUCAAUGUUAAGGAGUUUGACAAACUCUCACUAGUGUGGGGAAAACCCCGACAACCACCAUUGGGGUUGGAAGAGUGGGCCACAUUCUUGGAUUCAGAAGGGCGAGUGCUGGAUUCAAAAGCUGUAAGAAAAAGAAUAUUUUAUGGAGGAGUUGAACACCAAUUACGAAGAGAGGUCUGGGCAAUAUUGUUGGGAUAUCACACAUAUGAAUCAACUUAUGCAGAAAGGGAAUAUCAAAGGUCUAUCAAAAAGACAGAAUACGAGACUAUAAAAAACCAGUGGCAGAGUAUCUCUCCUGAACAGGCAAAAAGAUUUACAAAAUUCAGAGAGAGGAAAGGCCUUAUAGAGAAAGAUGUGGUAAGAACAGACAGGUCGCUGUCUUUCUAUGAUGGGGAUGACAAUCCAAAUGUGAAUCUUUUACGUGAUAUUCUGUUGACUUACUCUUUCUAUAACUUCGAUCUUGGUUACUGUCAGGGUAUGAGUGAUCUGCUUUCCCCCAUUUUGUUUGUAAUGGAGGAUGAGUCAGAAUCAUUUUGGUGUUUUGUGGCACUGAUGGAACGUCUUGGGCCUAAUUUUAAUCGCGACCAAAAUGGCAUGCACUCUCAGCUUUUUGCAUUAUCUAAGUUGGUGGAGUUGUUAGACAGCCCAUUGCAUAACUAUUUCAAGCAGAAUGACUGCUUGAAUUAUUUCUUCUGUUUCCGCUGGAUUCUGAUACAGUUUAAAAGGGAACUUGAAUAUGAGAAAACAAUGCGAUUGUGGGAAGUAUUGUGGACACAUUAUUUGUCGGAGCACUUACAUCUGUACGUGUGUGUGGCUAUCUUGAAGCGCUAUCGCGGCAAGAUAAUAGGAGAGCAAAUGGACUUCGACACCCUCUUGAAGUUCAUCAAUGAGCUGAGUGGUCAGAUUGACCUUGAUGCAACCCUCAGGGAUGCAGAGGCUUUAUGUAUAUGUGCCGGCGAGAAUGGAGCUGCUUGCAUCCCACCUGGAACUCCACCUUCGUUGCCUAUUGACAAUGGUUUAUUAUGUUCUCAGCAAGAUGAUGAAGUAUUGUAAAUGUUAUCUCUAGCAUAUACCAAAUUUAAAUUCACGAUUUUAUCACUGCUCUUAUAGUUGGCUGAUUUUUCCAAAACAAUGCUAGUGGAUGAUGAAAUAAUAUUUUGAUGAAAUCAGUUCAGUAUGUUUUUCGUUAAA